UGAUUGAUGAGGCAGAAAAUCGGUCAGUCCGGCGAGUGGUAAUCGUACCUCUGGCUUACUCAGUUACAAACCAAACCCUAGUCCACUUUAGGGGAUUCCAUGGUUUAAUGUUUAACCAUGGUUACUGACUUUACCCCUUUCUACGUUCCAAGUUUUUUAUUUCGUCGCCUCUCGGCCUUGUCGUGUCGACUGUCAAGAAAUGGAGUUCAUUUAUAUGGCUUCUCUCUUCUCACCGUGAUGGACUGACGGAUAUCUGCUGCACUCUUGCAAGUCACAAAGGGAGAAAAAGAGUUUAUUUUACUAGGGUUCGAAGAUUUGGUUUAACCUUGUUCAUUCAAUUCUGAAUAUGUGCAAGUUAAAGGUCUCUGUUUGACUUCUUCGGUGAUUGGUUUGGAGGAGACAGAGGGUGGAUUCUCUAAUUCUCUAUCGUUAGUUUGGCUAGCGGUUGGGUUUCUUUUAUAUUCCGAUUCGAUUGAGAAAUUUUGAUGGGGAAGAGGAAGACCAAGAAGAAAUUAAAGAAAGUAGCAGUGGCAAUAGCAGAAGCAUCAUCAAUCGGAGAAACAACAGAACCGCAAUAUCAAGUUCACAGGAAGCGAGGUCGACCUCGCAAAACCGUGGAGAAGACGGGAAGUGAACAGGAAAAGCAACCAAAAGCAAAAGAAGAAGAAGCAGCCGUCAAGGAGAGCGAUUUUAAGAGAGUGAAGACCCAAGUUGAAGGAGAAGAAGAGAAGGAGCAGCAGAGGGCAAUUGAAUCUCAUUCGUCGUUGUCUUCGUUGGGUGCUGCAAAAGAAGCACAAUCCGACGUAAGUAAGUCAAAGGAACCUCUUAAGAGCCAGAGCCGAGGAAGAAGAAAAGGCCAGCCUCACAAGAGCAGCAGAUGAUGGACUUUUAAGUUUCAAAUUCUCUUUCAUCUUUUCUCUGUUCCUGCUUUUUACUCUGGUUUUUCUGCUAUUCUCUCUCCCAUUUCUUAUGUCUACUUGAUUUAUUUACAGAGGGAGGAGUGGAGGACAGAAGGAUUGUUCUGAUUAAUUCUUAAUUCUAGGGCUUCUCUCUCUCUCUCUUCUCUUA